AUGGCUCGUUUGUCAACCCUCGGCCUCGGCCUCCUCUCCUCCUCGACCACCGUAGUCGCCUCCCUCAGCAACAUCCUAACUUAUGGUGAUCUCGAGACCGCCGAAGUGACCUCCGGCCACGGCCUCUGCGGCUGGGCGCCCCCCGACCCCCUCAACAGAGCUAAGCCCACAUGCAGCACCUCCCUCCUCCAAGGCUUCGGCACCAAGCCAAACCAAUGGUUCCCCUGGACACACCGCCCCUACUGCGCCGACACGCCCUACUGCGUCUUCACGAACGCGCACUUCCACGGCAACCAAGGCGUCAGCAUCAUCACAACCCCCGAGCUCGCGGCCAGCACGCUGAACAAGCUCGAGGAGACCUUCACGGCGCCGUUCCAGCAGCCCAAGAGCAGCGGGCCUCUGUACGAAGUCGUCGACAUGCCGGGGAAGGGGAAAGGAGCGGUGGCGAAGCGCAAGAUUCGUAGGGGAGAAAAGUUCAUGGUGGAUUAUGCGGGGUUGAUUGCUGAUACGGCGUUUCCGGGGGCGACGAAGUUGGAGGCUGGGAAGAAGCUGCUGGAUACGGCGGUUGAUCAGUUGCCGAGGGGGCAGGCGAUUAGGAGUCUUGCGAAGAGUACGAAUACGACGGAGAGGGUCGUGGAGGAUUUGUUGAGGACGAAUUCGUUUGGGAUGACGUUGGAGAAGAGGAAUAUCAUGGCCUUGUUUCCGGAGAUUUCGAGGAUGAACCACGCCUGUAGCCCCAACUCGUUCAUUCGAUUCUCAGAGAAGACACUAGCUACAGCGGCCAUCGCCUUCCGAGACAUCGAGCCCGGUGAAGAACUCACCAUCAGCUAUGCCGACUUCGGCAUGCUCCGCGACGAGCGUCAAGACUUCCUCCACGUCCGCUGGGGCUUCACAUGCACCUGCGCCCUCUGCAGCCUAUCCGAAGAAGACGCCGCAGUCUCGGACGAGCGGCGCGAGAAGAUCCGAGAAGUACGCGACGCCGUGCUCAAGCACGUGAAAAAGAGCGAGUUCAACCAGGCCAUCAAAAAGCACAAGAUCAUGAUCGACCUUAUCGUCGAGGAGGGGAUGCUCGUGCCGCUGGGCGAGUACUAUGACAUCUUGGCGAGGUUGUACGAUAGUGUUGGCGAUAGGAGGAACGUGGAGAAGUGGGCGAGGAUGGCUAUUGAUGAUUUGGAGCUGUUUGGAGGCGAGGAGAUUUAUGAGCAGGUUCCUGAGUUGAGGGAUCUGUUGGACGGGAUAUAG